AUGCGGAAGUUAAAGAAUUUGUUUGUUUCUGAAACUCCCGUACGACGUGAAGAAGCAAAUUUGGUUGGAAGCCAGCCACCAGCCCCGCAGACACGUCGUCAAAUUGGAAUUUCAGGGAUUGAAAGGAGAAUCGUCCAGAAUGAUCAAAGGAAUCAGCAGGUUAUUGAGCAGGUAUGAUAAGAUUCUUCUGUUUUUAAUUGACUUUUAGUCCUUCGAGGAUGUGAACGUGUUGAUGGGCCAUGCAAAAGAAAUGGUCACUUUAUCGAAGAAGAUUACCGAAAGGUUGAGAGCUAAAGGACUUGCUGAGGAUGACGUAAGUUCUGGUAUGAAACGGCAACCUUCAAUCUAGCAUUCCAGACUAAUCUUGGCUGUUGUUCCAAGUUAAAUAUUUUCAGACAAUCAAGUUCAAAUCCUAUCUGUUAUCUCUUGGUGUGGAAGAUCCGGUAACCAAAGAAACUGCUGGCUCCAGCCAAAACUAUUUUAAAUUGUUGGCAAAGGAGAUCUGCGGGAUUGUUUUAGAUCCCUUAAAAGUAUGUUACAGAAAAUUUUUGUUAUUUUCUUGAUUUAGGCAGCAGGAGGAACUAUGACAUUGCCGGAGGCUUACUGUCGGGUAAAUCGAGCCCGAGGAACGCAGUUAAUUUCUCCAGAAGAUCUGCUAAGAGCAGCACGGUCUUUUGAGUCAGUGGGGCUGCCAAUACGGUAGGAAAUUUAUGUUUAUGAUGUUGCACUGGGUUCGGUCAAGUUUAGUACGUUUAUAUCUCUGAUUUUAGCCUUCAUUCCUUCCCAUCUGGUGUUGAAGUCAUCCAGCUUACUGAUAAGUCUACUGAUGAUCCUAAAACAAUCUCCGAAACAUAUGAAUUGGUCAAGUUGAAUGGUAAUUUAGACAAGGCACAACUAGCUCAAACCCUUGGGAUCCCUGUUGUUUUGGCCAACGAACGGUUGCUUGCCGCGGAGACAAAGGGAUUCCUAUGCCGUGAUGAUACGAUCGCGUCAAUGAACUUUUAUCCCAAUCGUUUUCUUGGGUAUUAA